AGCCAGUGAGCAUCAGAAAGGAGAAUCAGAGGACUUAUACAGUGUAAAAAUGGCUGCUUCCAUAGCCCAAUCGGUGUGUGUUUGUGUGUGUGUGUGUGAGAGAGAGAGAUUGUUUGUGUGUUUGAGUGAAAGAGAUGGUGAACGUGUACACAGGGCUUUUGUCUGCAAAGGUCUAUGCCCAUCUCCUCCUUAAAUAUCUUAUUUAUUUUCAGCAGAGAAAAACAGGAAGAGUGAAGAGCUGGGGGAGAAGGCUGACUUUUCCUUGCAGGCUUUACAAACCUGAUGCACUCCCUUCUGAUGGGGCGGUGGGAGAGAGAGAGAAUUAAAGUGCAAUUUUUGCCUUUCCCCUAUAUAUUAAUUAAAAGCAACCAGUGAAGUUUUCCAAUGGCAGCUUUGCAAAAAACGUCAAACCAGGGAAGUGGUAAAUAGACCUUCCUUUCUAAAUUAAAUGUAAAAAGGCUGCUUCUCCUCCUGCAAGGGAGAAAAAAAAUUCAGUUCCUCCUCCGUAGCAUUUGAUUCCUCAGCCCGGAAGCCAGUUAUGGUGCCUCCUGGAAAGAAGCCUGCCGGGGAAACUUCCAAUUCAAAUAAGAAGUGCAAGCGGUAUUUCAAUGAACACUGGAAGGAGGAAUUCGCCUGGCUGGAGUUUGACUAUGAACACAAACUGAUGUUCUGCACCGAGUGCCGUCAAGCCCUUGUGAGAAACAAGCAUGGCAAAGCUGAGAACGCCUUUACCGUGGGCACGGAUAACUUCCAGCGCCACGCCCUUCUGCGCCACGUCACUUCGGGGGCUCACCGACAGGCCCUGGCAGUCAACCGUGAGCAGCUGGCUUCUGAGGCACAGCUGCAGAGCCCCCAGAAGCAGGGCUCAGCAGUCAAAGUAGAAGCCAGUCCCAUCAAGAUUGCUGUCCUCACCACUGUCUAUUGGAUGGCAAAGGAGGAGGUCCCUGAUGAGAAAUGUGCCUCCUUGCUUGAGCUGCAGAAGCUCAACCGCUGCCAAGCCCUGCUGACCUCUGAGCACGGCAGGUACUACCAUCCCAACAGCAUCCAGGCAAUGCAGGUGUCAAUCACCAAAGUCCUACACAACGAGGACAAGCUCAAGCUGAAAGCCUCACCUUUCAUUGGACUGGUGGUGGAUGAGACACUGGAUGCGCUGGACCGAAGGAGUCUGGCAAUAUUUAGCACUACCAUCUCCCCUCAUGAAGGCCAAACCUCCAUCAUGUUCCUGGGCACCAUUCAGCUUCUGGACAGUGAGGACUACACAGCAGCAGACAAAACAGUCAAGGUGAUGCGUUCUUUUGGUGUGCCAACCAUGAAGGUUGCAUGGUUGAACUCUGGGGGAUCUUCCCUGUUGACUCACAGACUCAGUGGUGUAGGAUCUAAGGUGAAAUCUAUCUGCCCUUUGCUCACUGAGAUGCAUUGUCUCUCCGAUCACUGGAGUAGUUUGCUGCUGGUGGCAAAGGAAAUCUUUGACAUGGAGUAUGUGCAGAAAUAUGAGGCUGUGGUGGAUGUUGUCUACAGAUUCUCUGUCAACUUCACAGCAGAAAACAGUAGCCUCCAAGAGUUACAGAGUGUCUUUGAGUUCUGUGAAAUAGACAUGGAAAGGCCCAAGGCCAUUCACUGGAGCUCUGUUUUACCAGCUGUGGAGGCUAUUGAUUCCUCUUGGCUUACCUUGCUGCUUCAGCUAGAGAGUGAAUCGGAAAGAUUCACAUUAGCAUUUGGUCUCUGCGAAGAGCUCAAGAAAUUCCAUUUUGUUGCCUUCACUAAAGUACUUCUGGACAUCUUGCCCAUCUUCCAGAAACUAAACCGUUUCCUCCAGUUGGAAGACUUAGAUCUCUCUAUCUUGAAGCCCAUAGUCUCUGCCACCAUAAUCAAUCUUGAAAACCAGAAGAAUUCCAGUGGCCAGAAUUUCCAGAAGUUCCUUAAUGAACUCACUGAGCACCCCUGUGAAGACCAGGAUGUACAAAGUAGGUUCUACUACAAAGGAAUGGAACUGACCGGCUGUUCCAAAGUACACCUGACUAACUUUGAGCAUUUCAAGGAGACUUAUUUGGAGUGUAUCCAGUGCAACCUGAAGGAUAGAUUUCCUAGUAACUCUUUGGAAGUGGUCAACUCUUUCUCUGCUAUCUUUAACCCCAAGUGCUAUCCCCAGUCUUUGGAUGAGAUUGGAAGCUAUGGUAUGGAUGAACUAAACUUCCUUUUGCAGGCAUAUUCCUAUGUGGUGGUAAGCGAUCGGGCACUGAAUGAUUUCCCCCUCUUCAAACGGAUAGUAUUUAGCCUUAAUCAGCUCUCCUACAAAGAUCUUUGUGCUAAGCUGGUCUAUGGAAAUUCAGAGAUGCAUGAAUUGUUCCCGGACUUUGCUGUCCUGGCUGCAGUUGCUCUGGUGAUGCCUUUUGGCUCUGCGCUCCGUGGAAAAAUCAAUAGAGGAAGGGAGCUCCUUAAGCGAGGCCAGUGGGGUUACUCAAAAGAAGAUCAAGGCUUGUGCAGAGUUAUGAAAAUUGCCAUUGAUGGACCAACCCUCAAUGAGUUUGAUUUUACUUUAGCCCUUGAGUAUUAUGAAAGCAUGAAAGAAACAGAUUUUAUAACUGCACAAGUGAAAUAAGGUUUAGAAAGGGACAUUAAAAACAUUUGCACAGAUUUGCUGGAAAAAAAUGUGAAAGUGUUAAAUCUUUAGUGAUUUUACCUGCCUGAUCUGGGGAGGAUGGGGAAAGAGAGGAGUGCUAUCUAAAGGUUUACAUUCUUUCUUCCUUUUCCUCCCACCAAACACUUGCCUUGUUCUGUAGUGAGUUGCAAGUUCUCGAAGUGUAUACAGCUAGCCACAAAAUGGAUUUCCUGUUCCUUCAACAUCUGGGAAGUGUCAGUUGUGGCUGGAAAUAAAAUGAGAAUGCAAUGUCUCUUGAUCCAUGUUGAUUCUAAUCAGCCAAUUGGUUGAAAAUUUGAUAUAGCACUUCCCAGAUUUUAGGAAACUCUGCUUCAUGUGUAGCAACUGAGCACAACUGGUAGAUUAAUCUGUUGCCCAUCUUGGUAAAGCACAAAAGCCAGGUUACCCCUGUGUAUGAGGACCAAAACUUUGUGUGGAUGGAGGAAGAAACGGAACUUCUGUGUGUGGUGGGGAUGGGAGAAGAAAACACAGUAUACAUGGAUAAAGGGCCAUAAAGAGCUAUGAGGUGCUGAGAAUGGAUUCCUAGUUUAUCUCUGGCCUAAAUAUUGUUCUGUUUACUGCUGGGUUGGAAAUUCACAAGUCCCAACCCACUAACCAAAUCUUCCAUGUCCCCUCUUACAAAUUUGCCCCAGAGCUCCUAUUUGGCCACAUUUUGUCUUCUUUUUACUGCCAUCCCGCCUCCUACUUUGCCCACACAUGGAUUCCCCACAAUCAGCUGGAGAAAGAGAAACACCAAGGUUCUGAGGAAGUGCAGGGGGUGUGGCUGGCAUGCAGAGUCGAGCUUUAGAGUUUAGCUUAUUUGUAGAAUUUUACACAUGGCUUAGCAGGCACUGUCAUGUGUUUUCCUAAAAAGGAAGUUACUACUGCUUCAUCCAGGAUGUAGGAAAGAAGAGGAAGCACCUCAUGAUUUCUCACUCUACUCUUGCUUGUAUGGAGGAGAGCAACAGGACUUCUUGUAGCAGGAAGAAUGGAAGGUGAUAGGGAAGACAAGUACAUACGGAGCUACAUAUGCGCAGGAGAGCUCUUUUCAUCUUUGUAUGUGACCCAUUGAUCAGUGUAGAACAUCUUACCCACCAAGUUUCAGGGCUGGUGGUCUAGAAGCACACAGGCACUGAAGAUUUAGUAGCACUUUGGUGUAUUCCUGAGUGAAGAUUUGCUCAGACUUGAGGACCCAACCCAAACAUAGCAGCUUUAAAGACCCAUGUGAAAUUCUAUCGGCUCCUUGUGUCACCUGAUCCCUGCUGGAUUUCUAGCUGCAGUAACACUGUCUGGCCAUCUCUAGCAGUGGUACAGCAGACAGCAGGUUAACAGCUUCUUUAUCUGACAGAUAACCAUGGUGCAGAAGUAAGGUGCCUGGUUCCUAUUGCUGGAGUCCCUGGUUUGAAACUUCUGGAGCCACCCAAACAACCAAAAUAUUUCCCCUCCCUGAAAUACUCCCCAGCAGGCUCACCUUAACUUUGUUUUUAAAUGCCUUAUUGGAACUCUUCCUACCAACAUUGUCUGCUGCAGGAAAGAAUGGCUACAGUCCUGCUUCAUUUAAAAAAUAAAUAAAUGGGGGAGAGGAUUUCUGCUAAUGCAUUCAAUGGUAGUAGCAGGAUUGUGCCCAAUGCAUUAAUCCACCAGCAAAUAAUGAAAAAUAAUGGUUUAUUUUAAUGCUGAGUUUAAAAUGUAUAUUACUGUCUUCAUUCUAGCAGCAACAUGAGAAAGUGUCAUCCUUAAACAUUCUUCCUGUUGUCACCAGGGACUGACAGACACUCUCUCUCUGAGGGACAGAGGACUAAAUCUUAAAAACUUACUGUCACCCAAGUAAUGAACUGAAUUUUCUUCUAGAAAAUUAAGCAAACUUUGAAUGCUUUAUUGUAUGUAUAUUUGCAAUGUAUAUAACUAUGUAAGAUAAAUUUGUGUUAACAUUCCUAGCAUGUUUUUUUUUUCUUAAGUAAAGCUUUUUGCUCUCUCUCUCUUUUUGUAAUAACAAUGUAUACGUGGGAUCCUAGUAUUAAUCAUUUGUCUGAUUUUCUUUGCAUUUUCCUUGGUUGCUGUGCUAUAGCCCAAGAACUUUUCAUUUGAGUGUGGGAUUUUAAGAGAGCAGUGUGCUCAACUUUAGAACUUAGAGGGAGAUUUGGCUUCCUGCCACCAAUAUUUGGGAACAGUAAAGCUAAUAAACAUGUUUACUUUGCUUGGGGCUGGGUGAGUGUGAUAAUUAAAAAUGGUCGCAGUGUGGCUUGGUGAAUGCGUGUUGUAGCCAUAGAGUUAGAAAGACUAGAGCAGGGGUGGCGAACCUGAGGGUCUCCAGCUGUAUAAAUUAAAGCUAUAGAUGAUGUGAGUUGUAGUCCAGCAACAACUGGAAACCCCCGAAGUUGGCCACCCCUGGACUAGGGAAACCUCCAAGUUUCCUGUUUAAUAUACUCCUGCUAACUUGGCAAAGAGGCACCUUUUAACGUGGUGAUUCUCUUUCUUUAGUAGGGGGAGAGUAACUGGCCCUAUCCACCGCCAGCACAGGACCUCCAGUGACUAUUGCUGGUGUCUAUCUUGUGUUUCUUUUUAGAUUGUGAGCCCUUUGGGGACAGGGAGCCAUCUUACUUGUUUGUUAUUUCUCUGUGUAAACUACCCUGAGCCAUUUUUGGAAGGGUGGUAUAGAAAUC